GGUUAUAAAGUGUUGAGAAAUUAGGAAUAAAUUAAAGGAAAUUUGCAUAGUUUAGCAAUCGAUAAACAGCUUGGGAAUGCCAUGGCGACUUGGACUUGGAAACUCUAAGCUUGCAUUGUAUUAUUUUGUCCGAGAUUUCGGCACUGAGACUGAGACUAAGACUGAGAACCGAGGCGCACUGAAACAAGUUUCCACACAGCCACACUCGACCACUCGUAACUGCGAGAUAGACAUGUAAAUUAAGUAGCUGCUUCUCGGACCAUGAGCUGCUGUCUUCAGUCUUCAGUCUCAACUCUUCAGCAGUGUCAAAAUGUGCGGCAAUCCAAACACGCGACUUCUUUCGCGUCUCAUCAUCGAUUUUCUGCUGCUGUUGGGCAUCUACUGCGUUGCCUUGGUUGUGCUGCCCCAGCAACUGCAGACGGUGCAACGUGGCUUCCACUGCAGCGAUGACAGUCUACAUUAUCCUUAUCGCCAGGCCUGGCUGACGAAGAUUCAUUUGACCAUUGUGGUUGUGGCUUUGCCUGCUGCCUUCAUUCUUGUCGUGGAGAUGCUUCGAGCUGCCUUUGUGCCCAACUCAGCGGAGCUGAAACAAAGAUUCGUUUUCGUUGGCGCCCGCAUUCCCAGCUUCAUCAGCGAGUGCUACAAGAUCGUUGGCGUCUAUUUGUUUGGUCUUGGGCUUACUUUGCUCGUGAUUCGAGUGACCAAAUACUCAACUGGUCGCUUGCGUCCCUACUUCUUCGAUGUCUGUCAGCCCAAGUGGAGCACGGAGGAUGACCUAGAGGAGGAAGAGGAGCAGCAGCUGCUAAGUUGCGAACUGCUGUCGCCGGGCAAUGCCACCAGCUACAUUGAGGACUACAAGUGCACCGAGUUUGCCGCCUCGCUGGAGCUGCUCUCACUAGUUCGUCAUUCGUUCCCCAGCGGCUUUGCAACGUCCACCAGCUAUGCGAUGUUCUUCCUCAUCUAUUAUGCCCAGGCGCGUCUCUUUGCCCCCUGGCUGCGUCUGCUGCGCUCCACCCUGCAGUUGGCUUGUGGCGCCAUCGCGUUGCUCGUGUGCUUGGAGCGCAUUUCCACCAACCAAAACCACAUCUCGGAUGCCGCUGCCGGCGUCUUCCUAGGCGCCACCUGGGCCUCUUUUGUGGCCGUGUUUGUGGCGCAUCUGUUUCGGCAGGUGAGAGUGAAGCGACGUCAGUGGCCCAGGAAUGAACAGAUCUAUGGUUAUGCUGGUUACUAUAAUCGCGCCACCUACGGCUAUUAGCUUCUAAGUAUAAGUCUUUUUGUAAGUGUAUAACUCAAUAAAUGUAUGCAAGAGUGUGGAAUGUGUUUCAUUCACUGCGAUCAGUCAAGUUUCAAACCUACUGUUGGCUUGCGUUCCACACAACAAGUGAAAGCCCACUGACCACAGUCCACAUGCGCAAGCUUACUCUCAACAGUUUUUUUUUAUGCUCGCUCUCUGCUUAGCGCUCUCUCGCUCUGGCUAUGCCAUAACCCAUUGAGCAACAAGUGGGUAAUGCGAACAAGUGGAGAGAGAGAGAGAGUGACAAGUGCGGAGCGAUUUGUUUACAAAGUCAACAACAAACAGCGCUUCAUGGCAUUUGUUUUCAUUCAGUCGGCAACGACAAGCGGCGCUUCCAAGUUUACAAUCGGCUCAGCACAGUGGCCAAGCGUCGUAAAACCAAUAAACGAUCGAUCGUCGAACAAUUGUCGUUUAUGUUUACGUUUUCAUUUUAAUGCACAUGCUGAUGCGUGGUCCAGUGAAGUGAACUGCUUCGUGUUCGUUUGUGUGAGUAUGUGUGUGAGCUGCAGCUGUGUGCAGUUAAAGCGAAAUGAACUGUGCAAAAAAAAAAAGAGUGGAUCGUAAUAAAAAUGAAUACAAUUGCCCUGCGUCGGCUGCCAAUUGUUGUCUAAUCUAGCCUAAUGCAGAAUACUCCUCAGCUGCCCUCUAGCUAAGCACUCUACUAGAGUAAUAAACUUGCGCUGACGCAGACAGCGAGAUACAAAGAGUAAGAGCGGGUUGCAGAGAGUGUGUACGAGAGAAAGAGAGACAAUUUUGGGAGAGCGAGAGAAACUUUGUAAACAAAUAACAAGAGCGUCUGCGUCGUGGAGCAUGAAAUGAUCGUUAAAUUAAAAGAACGUUACCCACUCGAGGUCGGAUCAGUCAGCCACUGACAACGAACCCGCAACGACGCCAAAGCAUAGUUCGACGGGUAUAAAAAAAAAACCAGCAAACGAACCCGAACCCAAAACUUAAUUAGACAGCAUAAAA